AUGUGACAGCUAUGGAGUGGUUCACAAAGCAAUUUGGCAAGCUAGUGACCAACAAAAGAAAAUUGCAGUGAAAAUAAUUCAAGACAACAAUCAAGAUUCCGAAACAGAAAUUAUCAAUAAGGAGAGGAAUGUUUUGAACGAAAUUCGGAAUCUUAAACAGUUUAAUCAUAGGAACAUUGUCACGCUAUAUGGAGUCGCAAAAGAUCCCGACAAUAGCAUUUGUAUACUUUUUGAGUUUGCAGAUUGUGGAUCACUCUACAAUUUUUUGCAUUGUUCGGAUAAUGACGUCAGAUACGUUGACAAGAUAAACUGGAUAAAGCAAUGUGCCAAGGGAAUGGAUUAUUAACAUAGUAACAAUACAGUACACCGGGAUCUAAAAAUUCAGAACUUGUUGCUUUUCGAUAAAUAUCGAACAUUGAAGAUAUGCGAUUUUGGGACAGUGAAACAACUUACUACGAUUAAUACGGAAUUCAUAGGAACCAUUCGAUACAUGGCCCCAGAACUUAUGGACGCAAAUGGGAAAUACACGGAAAAGUGUGACGUUUUUAGCUUUGGGAUUAUUUUCUGGGAAGUCAUGUCACGGAAGAAGCCUUUCGAGGACUUAAAGGACAUGCAUCCAUUGGCAAUUCAAAAGAAAGUUUCAGAAGGUGUGCGUCCGAAUGUAAAUGACAUAAUGAAAUUUGCAAAUUCACAUUUAGUCAAACAAAGUAUUGAAGAGUGCUGGGAUGAAGAUCCUGAGCUGAGGCCGAGAAUGAAGGAAGUGAUUUGUGAUAUUAAUGUUGAUAGCAAAAAUGAUAUAGGCUUACGCUUCGACGAUAUAGAAUUGGUUGAAAUGGAAAGCAAAUGUAAUCAUGUGGAACAUUUAAUAAUGAUAUUGUAUUUCAACAACAGAUCGGACGAGGCAGCUAUUGUGACGUCUACAAAGCUCGUUGGCGAACUGAGUCCCACCAAAUGCGUUGCAGCAAAAAUAAUACAGGAUGUUAUUUCAAAGAUAGACAUAGAAAAACAUAUACUCGAUCUCGGUGGUGAACUGAAAGGUCUGUGCCACAAAAAUAUUGUAACAUUUUAUGAUCCACAAAUUACAGUCUUUGGAGACUUACAAGUCGCCUAAAGAGGCAGGCAAUCCCAAAAGCCCCAAUUAAGAAUCCCACCGGUGGAUGGUGUUUCUCCAGCCAAGAAAAAGCUGAGAUAUUUGCAGACAGCCUCGAAAAUAGAUUUAUGCCUUUUAAUUUUACAAACGAGGUCACACGAAGGGCGGUUGAGCUGCAAUUGGAGACCCCAUUCCAAAUGACGUUGCCUGAAAAACCGGUUACGCUGCAAGAAGUAGAGCUUCUUAUAAAAGCGUUAAAGGCCAAAAAAUCCCCUGGCGAGGAUCUUCUAGAUAACAGGACGUUGAAGCUUCUACCAAAAAAAGCACUGUUAUUUAUUGUGCUACUUCUAAACAGCAUACUUAGGCUGGGUUAUUUUCUCAACAUCUAGAAGAAUGCGCUAAUUACUAUGAUUCCGAAACCAGAGAAUCAGCUUACUGAAGUCGAUGGAUACCGGCCAAUCAGUCUUCUUCCAGCACUGCGAAAGAUGACAGAAAGGGUUAUUUUGAACCGCAUCUUGAAACUUGAAUCGGUGGCACGACGAAUUCCAAAGUGGCAGUUUGGUUUCCGAAGAAAGCACGGCACUCCGGAACAACUUAACCGUGUUGUCAACUUCGCCCUGGAUGCCAUGGAGCGCAAGAUGUACGCAGUUUCGGUAUUUAUGGACAUCAAACAGGCGUUUGAUAGAGUGUGGCAUGAAGGUCUGCUUUUUAAACUAAGAGGCAGCCUUACUCCACAGUUAUUUCAACUCGUCAGAAGUUUUAUUCUGGACAGAAGUUUCAGCGUCGUCUUUGAUGGAAUAAAAUCAACAAGACGUCCUAUCAACGCAGGUGUACCCCAGGGCAGCGUACUAGGUCCUACACUGUAUACGCUCUACACAGCGGACAUGCCUAACCACAGCAUCAUCACCGGUAUAGACGAGGACAACGUACUAAUAGCAACGUAUGCCGAUGAUACUGCAGUACUAACAAGAAGCGUAAGCAUUGACACUGCUACUGAAGCACUGCAGCAGUACGUAAGCUCCUUUGAAGUCUGGGCCCAGAAAUGGAACAUAGGCAUCAAUAGCAGUAAGUGUGCGAAUGUUACAUUUGCCACAAGACCAUUGUCAUGUGGAAAUAUAACUUUGCAAGGCUACACAUUGACGCACAAGCGAAGUCAAAAGUACCUUGGUGUCAUAUUAGACAGAAGACUAAACUUUAAAAUGCACACAACAAUGGUCAAGAAAGCGGUCAUGGCAAAAGCAGAGAAAAUGGCGUGGUUAC